AUGCAGUCAGGAGGACCAGAUCCCGAACCAUUGUCUAAAUCCGAGAGCCGUCUCCUCGAAAAGUACGGAAAGCUACCGCGUGGAGGCUUACUGGCUCAAAAGUCCAAGGAACGGACAUACUUUGACUCUGGCGAUUUCGCUCUUUCUACCGCUAAUCGCGAGACUGACAACGGCGCUAUUCAAACGGGUAGAGCCCAUCCAUAUCGAGAAAGCAUUUCGCAUCCUUAUGCCUCUAUCCCAGCCUCUAGUAACGUUGACGAAAAUGCCAACGAAGAUAUGUAUAGAAAAAGUCCGAGUAUUAAAAAGAGUCCUCUCCUUCACCAAACAGAUAUUAAAGAUGAACCGACAAACAAGGAGGGACAGGACGAUCAUAUGUAUCACGAGAAUUAA